UACUGGACUCACGCACAGUAAUGGGGGAUCUAGGAUGGAUAGCCUACCCAAAAAAUGGGUGGGAAGAAAUUGGUGAGGUGGAUGAAAACUACGCCCCGAUACACACGUACCAAGUAUGCAAGGUAAUGGAACAGAAUCAGAACAACUGGCUUCUGACCAGCUGGAUCUCUAAUGAAGGGGCAUCCCGCAUCUUCAUUGAGCUCAAAUUCACCCUGAGGGACUGUAACAGCCUUCCAGGAGGACUUGGGACUUGCAAAGAGACCUUUAACAUGUAUUACUUCGAAUCAGAUGAUGAAGAUGGGAGGAACAUCAAAGAAAACCAGUACAUCAAGAUCGAUACCAUUGCUGCUGAUGAGAGCUUCACAGAGUUAGACCUCGGUGACAGAGUUAUGAAGCUAAACACAGAGGUGAGAGAUGUCGGGCCCCUAACAAAAAAGGGAUUCUACCUCGCUUUUCAGGACGUGGGUGCCUGCAUCGCCCUGGUCUCCGUGCGUGUGUACUACAAAAAAUGCCCAUCGGUGAUCCGCAACCUGGCUCGCUUUCCUGACACCAUCACGGGAGCGGAUUCCUCGCAGCUGCUAGAGGUGUCGGGCGUCUGCGUCAACCACUCAGUGACGGAGGAGGCGCCGAAGAUGCACUGCAGUGCUGAGGGGGAAUGGCUGGUGCCCAUCGGGAAGUGCUUGUGCAAGGCAGGGUAUGAGGAGAAGAACAACACCUGCCAAGUAUGCAGACCUGGGUUCUUCAAAGCUUCACCCCACAGUCCAUCCUGCAGCAAAUGUCCCCCUCACAGCUACACGCUUGAUGAAGCAUCCACAUCUUGCCUGUGUGAAGAGCACUAUUUUAGGAAGGAAUCAGACCCACCUACAAUGGCCUGUACAAGACCCCCCUCUGCUCCUCGGAGUGCCAUCUCAAAUGUUAACGAGACUAGUGUCUUUCUGGAAUGGAUUCCCCCUGCUGAUACUGGUGGAAGGAAAGAUGUGUCUUAUUAUAUUGCAUGCAAGAAGUGCAGCUCACACUCAGGUCUGUGUGAGGCGUGUGGCGGUCAUGUCAGGUACCUCCCCCAGCAAACCGGCCUGAAAAACACCUCUGUCAUGAUGGUGGAUCUGCUUGCUCAUACAAACUAUACCUUUGAAAUUGAGGCAGUGAAUGGAGUGUCCGACCAGAACCCCGGAGCCCGGCAGUUUGUGUCUGUAAAUGUAACCACAAACCAGGCAGCACCUUCUCCAGUCAGUAGUGUGAAAAAAGGGAAGGUAACUAAAAAUAGCAUCUCCCUUUCCUGGCAGGAGCCAGAUCGACCCAACGGCAUCAUCCUGGAAUACGAAAUCAAAUAUUUUGAAAAGGACCAGGAGACGAGCUACACCAUCAUCAAAUCCAAAGAGACGACGAUUACGGCAGAUGGCUUGAAACCAGGCUCGGUGUACGUCUUCCAGAUCCGAGCCCGGACAGCUGCUGGCUACGGUGGCUUCAGCCGAAGAUUUGAGUUUGAAACCAGCCCAGUGUCAGUAGCUGCAUCCAGCGACCAGAGCCAGAUUCCUAUAAUUGUUGUGUCUGUAACAGUGGGAGUCAUUCUGCUGGCUGUUGUUAUCGGUUUCCUUCUCAGCGGAAGGCGAUGUGGCUAUAGCAAGGCUAAACAAGAUCCAGAAGAAGAAAAGAUGCAUUUUCAUAACGGCCACAUUAAGCUGCCUGGAGUAAGGACCUACAUUGACCCCCACACCUAUGAGGAUCCUAAUCAAGCUGUCCACGAGUUUGCUAAGGAAAUUGAAGCUUCCUGCAUAACCAUUGAAAGAGUUAUCGGAGCUGGUGAAUUUGGGGAAGUCUGCAGUGGGCGGCUGAAGCUGCAGGGAAAGCGUGAAUUCCCGGUGGCUAUCAAAACCCUGAAGGUGGGCUACACGGAGAAACAGAGGCGAGAUUUCUUGGGAGAAGCAAGCAUCAUGGGGCAGUUUGACCACCCCAACAUCAUCCACCUGGAAGGCGUCGUCACAAAAAGCAAGCCGGUAAUGAUAGUGACUGAGUACAUGGAGAAUGGUUCUCUAGAUACAUUUUUAAAGAAGAACGAUGGGCAGUUCACGGUCAUUCAGCUGGUCGGGAUGCUGCGAGGCAUCGCGUCAGGAAUGAAGUACCUGUCUGACAUGGGUUACGUACACAGAGAUCUGGCUGCCAGGAAUAUCCUAAUCAACAGCAACUUGGUCUGCAAGGUGUCAGACUUUGGCCUCUCCAGAGUCCUAGAAGAUGACCCCGAAGCAGCGUACACCACCAGGGGAGGGAAGACCCCCAUCCGAUGGACAGCACCCGAAGCAAUCGCCUUCCGCAAAUUCACAUCAGCCAGCGACGUCUGGAGCUACGGCAUCGUGAUGUGGGAGGUGAUGUCCUACGGCGAGAGGCCUUACUGGGAAAUGACAAACCAAGACGUGAUUAAAGCCGUGGAGGAAGGCUAUCGCCUGCCAAGUCCCAUGGACUGCCCUGCUGCUCUCUACCAGCUAAUGCUCGACUGCUGGCAGAAGGACCGCAACAGCAGGCCCAAGUUUGACGAAAUUGUCAGCAUGUUGGACAAGCUCAUCCGUAACCCAAGCAGCUUGAAGACGCCCUUAUCAGGUUGCUCAGGGCCUCUAUCAAAUCUGUUGGUAGAGCACAGUCCAGUCGGGAGUGGUGCCUACAGGUCAGUGGGUGAGUGGCUGGAAGCCAUCAAAAUGGGCCGGUACACGGAGAUCUUCAUGGAGAAUGGAUACAGUUCGAUGGAUGCUGUGGCUCAAGUGACCCUAGAGGAUUUGAGGCGGCUGGGAGUGACACUUGUUGGUCACCAGAAGAAGAUAAUGAACAGCCUUCAAGAGAUGAAGGUCCAGUUGGUGAAUGGGAUGGUGCCGUUGUAACUCGGUUUUAAAGUCGCUUCCUCAAGUGGGUCGGUCCUGCACUUUGUACACUAGCCCCGAGAUUUAUUUUGACUAAAAAAAAAAAAAAAAAAAAAAAAAAGAUAAAAAGGGAAAUUCAGUGACUUCUAGAACUGAAGGACGUUGGCCUCUGCCGCAGUGUUUCUAAAGCAGUGUCUGACUGAAGUUUUCCUUUCUUCCCGUUUGUGUCCUCAUUUUCAUGAAGUAAAUGUAAGAUGCAUGGAACAUGGAAACAAAUCUGCUGUACGUGAGGUUAACCCGUCUCUUAAGCUUCAGCAACAAGGACAACAAGCCUUCCCACCACACGUUGUCUGUACAUGGGAGAUAUAUAUAUAGACACAUAUAUAUAUAGCACCUUUAUAUACCGAAUUACAGCAGCACAUGGUCGUACUUCCAAGGACUGGCUUGAGCGGAGGAGUUGGGUAGCCCUUUGUGGGCUCCCAGAAGCUGCGGUUUACUGAAGUUUAACUUCCAAGUCUUACUUGUCUACAGAAGUGUAUUGAAGAGCAAUAUGAUUAGAUUAUUUCUCGAUAGAUAUUUUGUUUUGUAAAGUAAAAGAAAAGAAAAAUGCUGUUACACAGCAUUAAGUUAUAGAGACUAGUGUAUAAACAUGUUGCUUGCUCCAUGGCAAAUACAAUACAGGGUGUAUAUUU